UUAGUUUGAUGAGCGUUGGUCAUUCUGGGAACGAAGAGAUGUCAAUAAAUUGUUUUAGCCAAUCAGUGGUUGAAAUAUUGUUAUUCGUUUAGAUUUCGAGCGCUUUAAUUAUACGAAAUACAGCCGAAACAGCAGUUCAGGAUGGAGAAAGCGGAAAUGGUCGAUGAUAUAAGUCAUGCAUACCUAGCCGAGCAGAGCUUCUUGGUGCAUCCGGAUGAUAUGGAAGAUGAUGUCGAUCAAUUGACUGCAGAGAACACGGACGAUUCUAAUCACGAUGGUGAGAAGUUGGGAGUGCCUCUGAGGGAGCAGGACAGGUUUCUGCCGAUUGCAAAUGUAGCUAAGAUCAUGAAGAGGGCGAUCCCAGACACGGGCAAGAUCGCUAAAGAUGCGAGGGAAUGCGUGCAAGAGUGCGUUUCCGAGUUUAUCAGUUUCAUCACAAGCGAAGCGACCGACCGGUGUCACACGGAAAAGCGGAAAACCAUCAACGGCGAAGAUAUUUUGUACGCAAUGGGACAGUUAGGCUUUGAUAAUUACGUAGACCCUCUUAAGAUAUAUCUGCAAAAAUACCGAGAUGCUGCAAAAAGCGAUAGGAAUCUGCAUCCAAACGAAUUGUUCGAUGACACUGAAGAACCUUUCAAUCCAACGAUGUCCGGAAGUAUAAUGACCACGGAGAAUGGAACACCGGAAACGGUCAUCUACACAUAUCAAGACAACUUGCAUCAAUUCCAACUUGCCUAAAAUCUGCUAGAAGAAGCGAAACAAACAACUCAUUCGAUUUUGUUUAUUUUUGUACUGAUGGGAGAAAAAAAAUAUUUUAUUUUAUUUAUAUAUAUAUACAUAGUUUUUAUUCAAGAGAGAUUUACCACACGUCCGUCGCUUCUUCUUCUUCGGACGGUUUCGAAUUUUCACCUCCAGUUUUCUUGGAAUUCACAGCAAUAAUAAUGUUUGUAAAUGUUACAUUUUAUUCUCGUACCGUGUUGAAUCAAUAAUAAAUGGAAAACA